ACCCCAACUCAGAUUGUCUCGCCUCAGCUGAAACCCCCGGAUACGAAACGGCAUCAAAAUUUCCGGCCGGGAAGACACAAGCACAAAUCUAGAUCCGCUCGCUUGGCCGCUGUCCGUCGCAGCAUCGAACGCACUCACUCCAAGCAACAAGAACACGCUACUGUAAUCAAUGACCUUGAACAACUUCAUGACGAUCUCCUCGCCGACCAAACCGCUCUUGUCGACGGCUGGGCAGCUGCCAUGGCCCAGCUUGGACUCCCCUCUAUGCUGUCGCCUGCACCGCUGCUUCUGGAUCAGAAGACGCCCGAUCCAGGAAAUUCGAUCGAAGUCAUUCAAGACCGACACCUUCACACACAAUGCUACUCCCGAGGUCCCCUACGACCACAUCCCGAAGAUCCGCAAUGGCCUCCCUCGCUGUCCCCUACGACCUGGAGCUUCAUGCCCGCGAGGUUGAAGGCCACCGCUGGCCGCGCACAAACUAUGUCUUCGCGCCGCCCGGUUAUACCUGCAGUCUUCGACGUCGGAUGUCCCCUACGACCAAUCCCGACACAACCGCAACAGCACACCCGCCUCCUUCUUGUCUCAGAGCACUUGGAGUUGAAGGCCACCAUCCGCGGUUCGCACAUACGUCUAUCUCAAGUCUCUUCUCUUAUCUUCGCCAUCGUGUAAAUGGCCCUCGAUUUAUUUCUUUGUAUUUGUAUUUCUCUCACCGGUAUCUACUUCGCAGAUCAUGGACUGCCUGUGACUUAUGGACACGUCUCCCUUUUAUCGAUAUGCACUCAGCAGACGUUGAACUGCUCAUUUCUUUUGUAACUUGUAGGCACGAUAUGCCUUGUUUCUUUUACAGUACGAAAUCAUUUUUCCAUCUACGAUUUAUCUCUUAAUAAUGUUUCUAUAUUUUCGUAUUAUAUGCACGAUGACGAGUAUUACAUGAAUAUCGGUAGUUUGCAGUUUCUAAUCUGAAUCC